AUGCGCCGUGCUCUGUUAGCUACUUUCAGUUCCGACGCUGAAUCACUUUCUCAAAUAUUUACGAAGGCCAUGGAUCUCUUCGGAGAUAAGCUCUCUAUUAAGCACUCACCGAUACAGGUUCAGGAAGCAAAUGCACAGGUCAUUCUACUUACCGCCGGGUAUCUGUCCCGGCUCGAUGAGGCUGACCUCGUCAGCCUUCUUCAAUCGAGUUCUUACCUUUCCGCAAUUUCAAAUCGCCUAGGAGCCGCAUCUCCUCGGUCCCGUUUUCUAGGAAUGGUUGUCGGAACUUCACUCUCUAAGUUGACUGACAAACCAGAAAAUCAUAUGAAAUUCGAUCUUGCAGAAAUGGAAAGUGAAGAGGCAUUAUGGUACCUAAAUCUAUCAAAGACCCAAGACCGAGUUGGUACGAUAGAAGAACUCAAGAAAUCCCAUACAUCACGGUCUAUAAUUCAGCCUAAAAAGAGCAGCCCGAACACACGAAGGAAGGCAACACAAAAAGGUGACCAGAAGCCUGUCGCCUCCAAAAUAUCACCCAUAGAAGUAGAGUCAGACGAGUCUGAAGAAGAUGGCCUUACUCCAUAUCAAAAACCGGACGCAGAUGCGUCCGAUUCCGACGAGGAUCCGACACUCAUUCAGAGAUCCAAACCCAAUCCGCCUGUUCUAGGGAUCUCAACAGCGCCUAGUCUCAUUCGACGGAAGGCUGCUUUUGGCUCGGAGCUAGAUGAACACGCCAAAGAUCUUGCCCUUACCCUUGUUGGAUUGCAAGACAAAUAUACCACACCGAAAUUUCAGGAAUACCGGCUGCAAGCUCUGGUCACACUUAUAGUCGCACGCCCAUCCGCUUUGGGUCCGUGGACUGCUAAUGCAUUUUUUAAUAUUGAUCUAUCCCAGUCCCAGAGGUCUUCAUUGCUCGUUGCUCUAGGUCUAUGUGCACGAGAGCUUGCAGGAUAUAGGGAUGAAGAUAAUGAAGCCAUGGGGCUUCCGCCAGCUGCUACCGAUACAUCCUUCCCAUCCAAACGACUUCCAUCUCGGCUUGAAAGCCAAUAUGAUCCAACCACCAAAAUGGAUCAAAUUGAAGCCAUUUCUAAAGGUAUUACCCGGAAGUCUCUAGAACCUUUGGCUCUUAACGCAGCAGACAAACUUAGCGGACCCAACGCCCUCAAGGUUAGAACCUUUUCAUCAAGGAUGGAAGUGGAAAAGAAGAAACAUGAACGAGAGCAACUACGAAGGGCUAAAUCGAUCCCAAAAGAUCUUCAUAAAACAUUAUUUGAAGCAUUCUUCCGCCCAUUAACUGGUGGAUUUGGAUUAAUGCUGUAUUCCACGUCGUCUUACAACGGAAAUAACCCCUUCUUCUCACCACAUCUCCUUUCACUAUUUAUACAAACCAUAAAUCUUGUCAUAUCAACUAUUGGGCCGAGCUCACCUAACCAAUUAACCAUAACAUUCGAUGUUCUUACCCUAUUAAUGUCCCUGCACAACUCUCCAGUGGCCACAGAACCAACUGUUUUGUCCGCCAUCCUCUCACUCUUCCUCGCCAUCCUGGAUAUAAAUAUUGCAUCCGGCAGUACUGGAGAAGAGCGUUUGGUGACUGAAUUUGCAGAUCAGGUAAUGGAGAUGCGAGAAUGGGUUGGUGGUAUAUUUGAACGGACGCCAAAGGAUGAUGACCAGGUUAGGAUGCUAGCUGCUGGAAUUAUGGUGAAACUGGGUGAAGUCAUGAAUCGGUACCAAGGAAGGUUAUUUGGAGUUAAUGCUGAGUUUUCGUUUUGA